AUGAAGUCCAACCGAAUGCAUUUAGUCCCCCCAGUAAGCAGGGACACCAAUUCUACAGCACAGCGUCAUUUAGGUAAAUUGGAGUCACAGAAAGAUAAGUUUGCCUGAGGCUACAAGGCUACCAAUGAAGUGGAUUUUGAAAUGGAACGUUUUGAAAUAAUCGGAGUAUCAUCUGCUGUCCAGAUAUGGGACACAGCAGGUCAGGAGAAGUUCAAGUGCAUUGCAUCUGUUUACUACCAAGGAGCAGUGGUUAUAAUAACAGUGUUUGAUCUGGCUGAUAUCCAGACUUUGGAUCACAUCAAAUAAUGGCUAGAUGAUGCACUGAGGGAGAAUGAGCCACAUUCCAGCUUCAUCUUUCUAGUUGGAACAAAAAAAAAAAAAAAAAAAAAAAGAUUUGCUGGGGAGAUUGUCAAAGAAUUCCUUUCCCAAGUUUCUACCUUGGCCUUUGAACAGUCCAUGAUAACGUAGCUGGAGAAAAUUUCUGGGCACAUCGCCCAAAUUGGGUCAGGAAACCUCAUCAAAGUGGAAAAAACCAUGAUGGAAAUCCCAGAACACAACUAUCAAGUAAGCCCGAGCUGUUGCUGACUGUCAAGUGUUUCUGCAAGCACCAUGCAGUCUAGCAUACUGUUCCAGAGUUUGAGAAUUCCAGGUUGAGAGAAACACAACACAAUAAAGAAUCAUAACUAGUUUAUUAAUACAGGGGAAAAUAUAGAGGUAACAAAAGAUACAGUAAAGGAUAUCUCUGAUGUUUGGUUAUCUUACCAACCCCAAGGACCAUGUAAUGACGAUCAGGAAACCAGCUCCGAGAAACAUCAUCACAGUGCUAGGUGGCAGGCUUCAACCUUAGCGGGCAUCCCCACGGUGCCAACAUUGACCUGGGUGGUAUGAGGUUCUGCCCCCUUGCAUUGCCUGAGGCUUGGGCUUUUAUAUUAGCAAAAAUGCACACUCAUUCCAACAUAGGGGGCCAGCCUACAUCAGAAGAAGCGGCCAGCUAUAUCUAGAAAGGUCUCCAAGGGUCAGGAGUUUUCCAGGGCUGAGCCAAAGUGGGGCCUUCUGGGGAGGAGCUACCACGGACAAACAGUACUUUUCUAUUUUUGUCUGUUCCACCACGGACCAUUAUCUAGUGUCACUGACACACAUACCUACAACACCUGCAACAAGGAAAGUUCUCAAAGCAGUAACAGAAAGUUUUAUUUUUGGAAAUGAAGGAGGAAAACUCCAAACUUUCUUUCUGAGAGUUUCUUUGCUGCUACAGGCUCACUUGUGCAGGAUGGUGCAGUCUUACGUAAACCUUUCUCACUGAGUGGAAACGAAACGUCCUUGUCUUAAUGUAAGAAGACGUUGCCAGUGCCAUGUAGCUCACCUGUCUGCCAGAAACACUUGUAGUGAAAAAUACAUAAUUUUAGUGCAUUAUUCUUUGAUAAUUCUCUACAACUUUUAGAUAGUGAGGUUGUAUUGUCAAGGGAGCAGAAAACAAAUGGCAGUUCAGAAUAAAGGGUGCUAGCUAUAUGGUUUUGUCUUUCAAGAUCAUAGUAUAAAAUAACUCUGACUUGCUUUUAUGCAUUUCAAAUAUUCUACAACUGUUCCAAAAUAAAUCUGUUUUAAUUACAGGUGUGGAAGUACACAAAUGCAGCAGCAUAAUUUUUGCUGUGGUUUCUCCAUCCAGGAAAAAUCUGUAUUAUUUUUCAUUUUCCACUUGAGAUUCAGAGCCCAGUGUUUAAAUAUUUCCAAGCCUCAGAGAAGCCCAGAUAGAAACUUUGUUGUUUUAUCCAAGCUAUCUAAUAUAUUGAAAAUGUUACCAGAUAAGAAUGCUAUUCUUUUCCACUCUCGAAUAAGAGAGAAUUAUAACAUAGGUGCAUAGCAUGGAAGACAUGAAAUCCAGUUUUUCUAUCUUCAGAAGAAGAUGCAGACUCCUUCUCUGGAUUGAUCUUCAUUAAUAUUAUCUAUGCUGCAGUUCUAUUGUGUUGCUAAGAGUAAUGACUUUCAUUUUGUUCUAACUGUAACUUUUGUUUCUAGUAAUGUAACAUGAUUCUGGAACCAUACAUGGUGUCUGUCAUGGACUUGUUCAUCCCUGUCUGAGGUAGGAACUCUUAAGCUGGUAAGGUUAGUUUUGAUACUGCUGCUGAAUUCCUAGUCACUCUUUCUGUUUUUACUGGACAAGAUAAUUUGAUCACUACAUGCUGGAAGCAAUUUGCUCCACUGCUCAAUAAAAGCAGCUAUGUAGAGAAAUGGUUUUGCCAUUUUGUGAAAAGACUUAGAGGUGUGUGUGGGUUUAGAGGGAUGGGAAAAGAUGGAGUUCUCUAAAGUAGGCACAUGCUUGUUAAGCCAUAAGGCACUUGCUUUUUGAAGAUGUCGUUACUGACUGCUUCUGGUACAGCCUGCUGUCUGGACAUGUUGUUGUGAAUUAGUGUGCUGGCUGGAUCAAAAACCACUGCACUGGUUUUGCCUUUUUAAAUAUCCUUUGACAUAAUCUUGUGCAAUUAGUAUUUAGAAGUUACAGGCAUUGUUUAAUGAAGAAAGAUUAGCUCUGGGUAUCACUGAAUUUCAUCGAAGUAAAGCAGCUUUAAUAAUGCUCUUCUGCUCUUUGGGACACAAUGACUGAUGCCAAAAGAUAUUUCUGCUUUAAAAGUCAUCCCUGCUGACAGAUGACAUUGCCAGAAAUAUAAAUGACAAAUAAUGUUGUCAGUAUUUGUGAAAUUGUAUUAGUAUGAUUGAUUAUGAUAACUAGGUUUAAGAUUCAGAAGUACAAAAGAAGUGGAAGGGAGAUAGAUACACUUGUCUUAAUUUCCCUCUUAUUUUUGCAGCAGCUCACUGAAUUUGAAUAUUCAGUUCUGGGUAUCUAUUCAGUGAUAUUUUUAUAAUAUGGAUAAGAUACUGUAAAUCUUUAUCUUGCUCUAAACCAGACACAUUUGUGGUCCUUAAAUUACUGUCAGCACUCAUUUGAAAGAAUUACCAAAGAAAUCAAAGUGAGACAACAGAAAGACUGUUUCUCUAGAAGCUGCUUAUAACUCCAUACCUCUAAGAUUCAAAUCCAGUACUAUAUGCUCUGCUGGCAUAAAAACACUGGAAAGAAAGAAGAAAACUUAGGGACAGUUACAUUUUCUUAAGACAGUCAUUACAGAAAUAACAGUACCUGGGAAACUGAUGAUGACAGGACCUUUCAGAUUUGAGCUGCUGAGAAAAUCAAGACAUUUAUUAAUAAAUCUAUGCAUCAAACAGAAAAUAUUGUAAAUUCUCUGCUGGUUUCCCCCUCCCCCAGUUGUUUGAUGAGAAAUAGGAAAAGUAGAGAACAGGAGACUUAAAACUUUUUAUUGCUUUUAUUUUCUUAUGAUGUAAGUUAGAGGAGCUUUAUGGAACAUCACAGAAUUGUGAGGCUUGGAAGGGGCCUGUGGAGAUGAAUAGAGAUCUAGGAACUCUGUGUCUCUUUUUAUUCACUUUGGCAAUUGUGCCAGUUCUGUUGGCAAAGACAGAAAUGUAGCAUUUGGUGGAGAAAAUGAGUAUGUGAGUAUGUAUGGAGCUAUUUAUCCGAAUGUGUAAUGUUUUGACCUUAUGAUGAUCUAUGUCUUUGUUCAUCUCCCAAAUCUGUUUCACAAGGAUAAUGAAUAUACACUCUACUUGUACCACGUGUUACACUGAGUGGGCAGCAUAGCCUUCAUGUUGACUGAGUUUGAAUGAGAGUAGAACAGCUGGUUCACUGUGCUGCAGCAAAUCUUGUCCAGGCUAGGUGCUAGGUUUCUGUGCAGAUGUGUUAGUGUUUACAGCUACAAAAUGACUCAGUAUCAAGUAUAAGAAACAAUAGGGAUUCCAUUUUUAGUUCCCCCAAAAAUCUCUCUCGUUUUGUUGCUGAGCUCAAUUUAUUAUACAUAAUCAGAGAUGCAGUCCCUUCAACAAUAUAAUUGUAUUGCUCAGAAAAUCAGCUGGCACAGUUUUUUUCUAGCGAUUCAUUACACUGCUUGGUGUCAUUACCGGUUUGUGCCUUCUGGAGCUCCAAAAACUUCACAUACAAAUGCAGUACUCUGUCAGUCAUUAACCAUCACUUAACAAUGGUCUGACUCCAUUUAUUCUGUGAUGGAUGCUUUGAGACUUUUAGAUUGUGUUUUUUUGGUUUGGGGGUUUUGUUGUUGGUUGGUUGGUUGGUUUUGGUGUGUGUUUUGUAGCCUCACUGAGACUUCCCCUGCAAAGAACUCAGUAUUAAUAGAUGAUCAUCUAAAAUGAAAUCUUGGAUCAUGUUGUGAAUGAUGAAUUGCUUAAGAAAGUACAAAGGAAACUAACUUUGGAAAAAUAAACAUAAACUGUCAAGUUCUUA